AUGAAGAUCAUCUGGACUUUCACUCUGCUGCUGAUUCCUGGUACCAUGACCUCAGUCGGUUUGGCUGGAAAUUCAGGGCAUAAAGUCAACAUGACAUGCACAUAUGAUAGCAACGACAAAGCAAAAGAAAAAUAUUUUUGUAAAGUACUGUGGUCAGAGAGCACAGACAAGACUAAUACUGAAUAUGAAUGGGCUGAGGUUGGAAGAUUCUCUCUGAAUGACAACAAAAGAACAGCAGUUUUCACCAUCGGAGAUCUGAGAAAACGGGAUUCUGGGCCAUGUGGAGAUAAUAAAUCAGGAAUAAAUGUCUGCACUGAAGUGGAUCUGACCAUUAUAUUGGGUUCGUCUCUGACCAUCGGUCUGUCUGUGGCUGCCGUUCUGAUCAUCAUUGGACUCGUAUCAUUCACAGUGAUUUACUGCAUGAGGCGCCCUAAUUCAGCCUCUAAAAUGCCCAAACCCGGAAAAGGAAACAGUGAAGCGGUUCCUCAAACCGGCUUCAUUUAUGAGGAAAUUGCAGACACCAGACCUCACACUGAUCCAGAUACAGGAACUAAAACGGUCUAUGCUACGGCCCAAUUACCCACAACCCCCUCUGAUUCUACUAAAACAGUCUAUGCUACUCCAGGAUUACCCACAAACCCCUCUGAUUCUACAAAAACAGUCUAUGCUACUCCAGGAUUACCCACAACCCCCUCUGAUUCUACUAAAACAGUCUAUGCUACUUCACAAUUACCCACAAACCCCUCUGAUUAGUUGCUCCAUCAUCAUUAUCAUCUACUGAGGGUCUGAAAGACACAGACGGUCCUGAUGAUGUUCCUUCAACAAUUAUCUGUCUUCACAUUAAUGUCUAUCAUUGCAUGCAGUUAUGAGCCAGUGAUUACAGUGAAUACAUGUUAGCGAUCUGCUGUUUUUAGUUUAUUUGCUCA